AGGAAAUGGAAAUGGCAAAGCCAGUACAAUCCUCAUGUUUCUGAUCCUUCUUAUUAGCAUCUACAAACGCCCCAGGACCACUAGGCUCCACUAUAUUAUCAAUUAUUCAACGUGGCAAUAACUUAUUGGUCAUUUCAUGAAAGAGAUAAGAUAUUGCAUGGUCCUACCACCAUGCCCUUUUUUUUUGUGAUUUACGUUCCAUAUAUUCAUCCUUUGGUCCAACUACUUGCACCAUAGCAAGUAGCAAGGAGACUAGUUCUGUAUUCAGAUUACAUUGCAAAAAUGGCAUCAUUCACCAUGACAGCUUCUAUCUUUGGCUGCCCAGCUGUCACCAAACGGUCGGCAGUGGCUGCGCAGAGGAGAUUACUCGUAGUGAGUGCUGCCAAAGCUGAAGGGGAAAAGGUCAGUUAUGACAACAAUGAUAGCAAUGGAAGGAGGAACUUGAUGUUCGCUGUGGCUGCUGCUGCUGUUUUCUCUGUUGCUGGGAUGGCAGUGGCAGAUGAGCCUAAACCAGGAACCUCAGAAGCCAAGAAAAAGUAUGCCCCGGUUUGUGUCACCAAUCCUACAGCUAGGAUUUGUCGCAAUUGAGGAUCUCCUGUUUCAUUUUACCUCUGAUGAUCGGAAAUGUACGUUGGGGAUGUAGUAAUGUUUUUGAUUUAAUAUGAUCCUCAUUGUACUAGAUGUUCAUAAAACUAUCCACUUUGCUUUGUCUAUUUGGUGUCUCCAGUUUAAUGGUUAACCAAGGAAUUGAUGGCGCUUAAGUAACAUUAUUUUCCCUUUU